AGUCUGUGCUCGAGGCCCGUCGCCCGUCCCCUCCGUCGCGUAUUUUUUGCCUCGGUAGCCAUGCCGCCCUCGGGGAUGGGAGCCACUGGCCGGUAUGAGGAGUACAGCCAGAAGGAGAUCCACUUCAUCGAGAACGAGCUGAAGGACUGGUUCCUGCAGCGCCGCUUUGCAAUGGAGCGGAACAUGGCCCUGAAGAAGACCUUGGAUCAGAACAAUUUCACAGGCUUGUCGAUGGCGAACCAGAGCGUCCCGGAUGCUCAGAAGGUCAUGUGGUCUGACCUCGUUCAGGGCAAACCGGAGCUGGAGGACACCUUGAGCUCCAAUGCCAAGCAGAUGAAGGCGGAUAUGUAUUCCAAGAUGUUCAAGGAGUCUACCGAUUUGGAUCACCCGUGCCGCGUUGCUGGAAGCACGUAUACGAGGUGCCUGCAGGAGAAUUUCAAGGAGAAGUCCUCCACCAGGAUGAUGAAGUGCUUGCCCUCAUUCGAGACCUUCGAUGCCUGCCGCAAGGGUGUCAUGCAGCAGCAAGCGCAAUCUCUUGAGAACGCGCUCGUCAAACAGGAUAUUGCAGACCGCAGGGCCAAGGCCCUCUUUGAUCGCCGCUCCAUUUUGCUGGACACGCAAAGCUGCUGAGGGCAGAGAAGGGCAAUUCUAUCUGAGCCCCACGGGCUGUGAGGUCGACAGCCCGGCUGCAGCCGGGGUGCCGGCCAUUUUGUUUUCGAGCAAGUGUAUCGCUAGCAUUCGGUAGCAAUAGGUUCCUGCCAGGUGACGCAGGGCCAGGGAAGCGACAACAAGGAACA